AUAGAUGUGGGAGGGUACGGCAAUCAACAUGACUCUGCGACUUUUAAAGCUUCUCAGCUAUAUAAAGCUUUGAUGACAGAAAAACUGAAAAUUCCAAGUGCUGACAAAGUUGCAAACUCCAAUAUUUAUCCAAUAUUCCCUAUUAUCUAAUAGGAGACGGAGCUUAUCCCCUAUCUAAAAUGGUCAUGAAGCCAUAUCGUGGUAUAAAUUUGUCGCACAAAGAAAAAAUAUUCAACAUUCGGCUGUCUUCAGGACGUGUUGUUGCAGAAAAUGCGUUUGCUCAAACGAGCCAGAAAUGGCGCAUAUACUAUACUAACAUUGACGUAUCCGGAAACAGUCAAUUUGAUUAUAAAAUGUACCUGUUUACUUCACAAUAUUAUUAUUGAGUAUCAGUAUAUGCUUCGAAGGGAAAAACUAAGGAAGAGUAUCUCUGAUGCAUUGAGCAAACAUUAGUUUUUAAUGAUGGAAAACCAUUUAAUUUGAUUUUGUAUGAUGGAGAUGAUGUAAAUAAUCUUGUUCACACCAAGUAUCCACGGUAUCUGAAAGAUUGCAAAUAUAUUUUUUAAAGAGACCACCACUGGUGAACAUAAUGCCUAUCGCAUUUUCAACAGGAAAACUUAAAGUUGCUGUCAUAAACAUAAAUGACUCAGUGACAAAGAGUAAAAUCUCUACGGAUGCCAUGAUUCAUUCAUUGAUGGUAUUAAAAGAGCCACAGAUGUCAUGAUUAAGCUCGAACUCGAAAAUCGUCGAUUUGUUAAAAGAAAAAUCCUUCUACGAAAGCUCUUCCAGGAUGUUGGAGCUGGGGAAAGAGAAGAAGAAACUGACGCUAAAGGUAGACUCUCUGAGCGAUAGCAGUGAGCGCUGCAGAUCAACAAGCUGAGCCAGCGCUACUUCAGAUGGACACGGGCCUUGACAACGACCGGCGUUCUUUCAUAGAGCACAUAUCGCUACUCCUCAGCCAGUACCACGAGCUUGUGAUCCACUCGCUCGACGACAAGGAGCACUACUACAUGGAGGAGAAGAUGUACACGGAUAAAAUAAACCACCUGCAUCGACAGAAAGAAAAGCUCGAGGAGAAGAUCAUGGAGCACUACAGAAAGCUGUACCACAAAGAAGAAAAGCAUAGGAGCGAGUUUCAUGAGACGCGUUUGCAAAGUGGACUCGGGACUGUUCAACCGGAACAUCUGGAGGAUAACGUCGAGGCAGAUCUCCACGAGGAGGCUAUGCAACCCCACGAAUCCAACUCCAGUGACGACGACUCACACAUUAUCGAAGCUGGCCUUGACCCCGAGUCUCCCCCGAUGAUCCGCUUUUCCUCGCUCAUUCCGGCACCAGGCAGACGGUCUACUACAUGGACGACGCAUCGCCCUCGCUCACGAGCACUGACAGCCAGAAUAAAAGAGCCGAGAAAUAAAGAUAAACAUCGCUAAAAGCGAAACGCUUUGCUUUUCACAUAAGGCACUCGCCGAUAUUUAAAGGUUCGCAGAUGAAUACACACAUAUACAUGCACACACAGUAUGCAGAUAUUCAAAUAUUAUUGAUAAACUGUAAUGGGAUAAGACUUGACGAUGAAAGAAGACGGGUGCGUUUGAUUUAGGAACGUACGUUCGUUUUUAACAUGUGUAGUAUAUCUAUACCCCGUCAAACGCCCGUAAAAAUGCUUAUUCAAAUCAAUAAAGUUCAACGAAUAAUCAAUUCAAUCAACAUGACCGAAAAUUAACCUACUCUAUCAUGAUUUUUAUAAUAAUACUGGACUGGACCCUCAACUUGAAAAUGCGAUAGGCAUUAUGUUCACCAGUGGUGGUC